GUUUCAUUGCAUCUGAUAUGACUUCCAGAAACUCUAGUACCCAGUUGUGGUUAAUUACCCACUACCAUGAAAUGGGGUCUCUGUAUGACUAUCUGCAGCUCACUACGCUGGACACCGUCAGCUGCCUACGUAUAGUACUGUCCAUAGCUAGUGGUCUUGCACAUUUGCACAUAGAGAUAUUUGGAACCCAGGGGAAGCCUGCCAUUUCUCACCGGGACUUGAAGAGCAAAAAUAUCCUCGUUAAGAAAAAUGGACAGUGCUGCAUAGCAGAUUUAGGCCUUGCAGUUAUGCACUCCCAAAGCACGAAUCAGUUGGAUGUGGGGAACAAUCCUCGUGUGGGUACCAAACGCUACAUGGCUCCAGAAGUCUUGGAUGAAACUAUCCAGGCAGACUGCUUUGACUCGUAUAAAAGGGUUGAUAUCUGGGCUUUUGGGCUAGUCCUUUGGGAAGUAGCUAGACGCAUGGUUAGCAACGGUAUUGUGGAAGACUACAAACCACCAUUUUAUGACUUGGUUCCAAAUGAUCCCAGUUUUGAAGACAUGAGAAAAGUGGUCUGUGUAGAUCAGCAAAGGCCGAACAUUCCCAACAGAUGGUUCUCAGACCCUACAUUAACAUCUCUUGCCAAGUUGAUGAAAGAAUGCUGGUAUCAAAAUCCAUCAGCAAGACUAACAGCCCUGCGAAUCAAAAAGACUUUGACCAAAAUUGAUAAUUCCUUAGAUAAACUGAAAGCUGACUGUUGACCUUCUUCUCGUGGUGCUCUCCUGAUAGGAAGGCGUUUGUCUGGUUCAGAAGUAGUCUGGACAGACAGUUUAUACAAUUGGUCCCCAUGUGGCUACUUAUAGAGGCAGAAGUUCUUACCAAGCCGUCUGUGUGGGAGACAUCGGAACCAUAUGGACUUUGCUCAGUGACUACAAUGGGCAUUUCACAAAUGGUCAAGCUAUAAGGACUUAUGCUGGAUGUACUGUUGCAAAGGUAGUGGCCUGAAGGAAGACAGAGAAAUCCUAAGACAAGAUCAGGGCAUUAAAUAAUGGCUUUGAACAGCU